AUGCCCAAAAAUAAUAAUAUUCGCAAUAGUCAUUCUUCUUCCACCAUCGGAACAACAACAAGUUCGAAGAAAUCGGAAAGCUCGAAAACCACAUUCUCAUCAGGAGGAGUGGAGGGGAUCAAGAAAAAGCGAGUCAAUGCUCAGACUCAAUUGGUAAACUCCAUCCGAAAGAAGAAGAUGGAAAAGGCUUUACAACACGAAUAUGAAUUGGAAAAAUUACAUAAAGAGGAAGAACGAAACGAUUUUCUGAGCAAAAUUAAUGAUGAAAAUGCUGUUUCAACAGUGGAAGGACAGUUUGAUAUGAUGAGAGGAUUAUUGAAAAAAACAAACAAACGAUCGGGUUUGGAUAUGUUUGAUGAUGACGAUGAUGCACAGGAGGAGAAUCAUUCUUCGACCAUUCCGAGUGUCUCAAAAAAAGACGAUCAGGACAUUGAUGAAGAGAGACUUGUGAAAACAAGUGAGCAACAGUACUCGAUUUUGGAGAAGGUUCUUUCUAAAAAGCAAAAGAGUGACGAGUUCAAAAAAAAGUAUGAAAGCAAGAUUGUCAAUACCACAAAUGACAACACUGCACAGCAGCAAUAUAUCAACAAACAUCAACCUGUAGCAGCAAUCUCUACACCCGCAUCAUCUCCUCAUCAAGCCACCUCACAAACACAACAACAAGCAUUUACAGGUGAUAAUGAGAUGCCCUUCAUUAAGGCACCCAUUACUAAAACCAUUUGUCUACAUUGCGAGAGAGAAAAGACUCCAAAGGGAAUGAUGAUUAAAUAUAUUGUCAUCAUUAAUGAGAAAGAUGAAGUCGUUUAUCAUUGCCUUUCUGAGGAAGUGAAGAACUUGCUAAACUCUGGUGAAGAUCCUGCCGAUACAACCAGUCAAUUGAGUGGUCUCGGAGAAGUGACAUACUCCCUCAUGACCAUUCGUGAUCAUGUGAGCAAAAUAUUAAGAAAGACCUUUGUAAUAGUGGGACAUACCAUUUUCCAUAACUUGAUUGGAAUUUUUGGACCAAGAAAUGUUCAUGAAUUCAAGUCAAAGCUUCGAGAUGUUGGUGUUGUGGAUCCAAACACUGAACAGAAAUAUGACACAACUACUCUGACCAACAUUCCUCUCAUUCUCUCUCGAUUGCUAGGUCUUACCAAUACGAAAAAGAUGAAUCGAGUCGAAAUUGCCAUCAAUAUGUUGAAAUCAUACAAAUUACAUGCAAAAGUAUUUGACCAAUUCUCAAAGAGAUCCUCACUCGAUCUUUUAGGUUAUGAAGAGAGGCAAUUAAUGAAACGAGAACAGAAAGCUCACUAUCAACAAAAAUACAUGACCACCAUCAAUAAUGGUAUUGACAACAUUCUGGCUCAAAUGAAGAAGAAGUAA